AUGGCGACGACGUCUCUCCUUCUCCCCGUCCUCGCGGCGGCCGCGACCCCGCGCGCGUCCUCUUUGCGCGCGAGGCUUCUUCCGACGCGCCUCGACGUUCGACGCGCCGCGCCCGCGAAGAAGCGAGCGACGUCCCUCGUCCCGCGCGUCGGCGACGACGAGAUCCGAGACGUCGUGAACGACGCCGCGGCGGUCCCCCCCGACGUCUCUCCCGAGGACUUCAACGCCUUCUACCGCCUCCUCGACAGCGCGGACGCGGAGCAGGUGGAGGCGAAAGUGAAGGCGCUCGUCGAAGGCGGCGGGCUCACGGAGGGCGUCCUGAAGGCUGCGUUCGCGACGUUGGAACAAGCGCAGUCGCGGAACGACAAGCCGGAGAUCGUCGCGUCGCUGCAGGGCCUCGCGAACUACCUCCUCGAGGCGUUCCAAGCGAGCCAGCCCGUCCCACCCGCGCUCAUGCUCGUCGACCAGCUCGUGCAGCUGAUGAAACCCCCGGGGCCCGGCGCGGAUGACGAAAACGCGACGAUACUCAAAAACGCCAUUCGCGAAAAGGUGAUGGAGAACGACGCGCCCGUGAUGUCGCUCGACGAGUUCAUCGCCAACGUGGACGACUUCAUCGGGAACAUGUCGCGGCAGGACGAGGAGUUCGAGAGGGACUGCGAGACGAUGAUCGCGAAAGGGGAGCUGCAGAGCGCGGAGGAUAAGGAGAAGCUCGAGCAGUUCAAAGCGAUGCGUCUCGGCGCCAAGACGCAAAUGUUACAAGUCGCGAUGGCGUGUAAGGACCUCAGAAAAGAGGGCGCGUGA